CCACGGUUCCCUGUAUACAGUAUCAAAGCAAGAGCAAUGGCCGCUUUACGCAAACUCGUGUUAAUGGUGCACAAGUCUUCAAGACUCAAUUUCACAUCUCUGCCGUGCAAUUUCCGUGCAAAGUUUGGGGCACAGAGGAGCAAGAAACCAAGCACGCUUAAGGUUGCUGCGGCUGGAAUAUGUGUCGCUACCGGAGGUGCUGUGGCAUAUUAUUUUUUCUGUGACAUGUAUGACCACAAAUACAGGAGAGGACUGGGACACAUUAGUAGCAGUCGAGCUCUGCUUCCGUCUCUACCCUCAGUGGUUGCUAAAGGAAAGGCCAGAAAAUUUGACUUUGAAGAUGGAGCGAUGUUCAUGUCGUCCCAGGAGCACAGAUUUCGGCUGUUCAGCUCUGUGCAGUAUGAAGGACAGCUGUACAUGACCCCUCAGAAUUUCAUCGAGUCUGUCACCAUGAACGAGCCCAAAAACAAGAGGCCAUGGAAGUCUCUUUCAAAACAGGAACUGGAGAAGAUACUGUCGGAGACUCCUCCUGUUUGGAAGGGAUCAUCCAAACUCUUCAGAAAUCUUAACAAUCAAGGCAUCAUCGCUUACACUGAAUACCUCUUCCUGCUUUGCAUCUUGACCAAGCCCCACGCUGGCUUCAAAAUAGCUUUCAACAUGUUUGAUACGGACGGGAACCAAAUAGUGGACAAGCGAGAGUUCCUGGUGCUGCAGGAAAUCUUUCGCAAGAAGAACGCGGAGAAGGAGAGGAGAGGAGACUCGGAGAAAUCGGCACAGCUGACUGUGCAGCUUUACGGAUAUCAAGCCUCCCCAGUGAGCGGCGUAUCUGUUGUAAAAAAAGAGCCUCAGGACUUAGUGCCCAGAAGCUGCUGGGACGUUGUCAAGCGCGGCACCAGUAGAGUUCUCUUUUCAGACCUGGCAGAGCUGGGGGACGACGCCCUGACCACGGACACCACGCUCCUGGUGCAUUUCUUCGGGAAGAAGGGCAAAGCCGAGCUGACGUUUGACGACUUUUACGGAUUCAUGGACAACCUGCAGACAGAGGUCCUCGAGAUCGAGUUCCUCACCUACUCCAAGGGGAUGACCACCAUCAGCGAGGAGGACUUCGCCCGAAUCCUGCUGCGCUACACCAACGUGGAGAACAUCGGCAGCUACCUGGAGAACGUCCGACAGAGCAUUCCCAACGAGAAGGGGAUUACCUUCGAUGAGUUCAGAUCCUUCUUCCAGUUCCUGAACAACCUGGAGGAUUUUGCCAUCGCCAUGAAAAUGUACAACUUUGCCAGCCGCUCAGUAGGACAAGAUGAGUUCGCCCGCGCGGUUUACGUGGCAACGGGACACAGGUUCACCCGCCACCUGGUCGACACGGUCUUCAAGAUCUUCGACGUGGACCACGACGACCAGCUGAGCUACAAGGAGUUCAUCGGCAUCAUGCAGGACCGGCUACGCCGCGGCUCUCAGGGUUACAGGACGGAGCAGAAGGCCCAUUCUUUUAAGGCCUGUCUGAAGAAGGAGCUCUCCAGCAGAUAAAUGAAUGCCCUAGUCAGCAGCUCCUUAUGGGAGUCCAAUUUGGGAAAACACCUGCAGAAGCUGUGGAGGAGAAUAACGGGAAGGGUUCAUGGAUUCUUCUGAAAUAAGGAAGGAACAGGAUGUGAGGAUUGUCCCUUUGCUUCAUAGUGCAAUCUCUUCACUUUGGAUCAACCAAUCUAAAUACUGUAACAAUGAAUUUUCGUAAAACGCACCUCAGCACAUGUACGCACACACGCAAACACAUAUGCACACACGCACACACAGAUGCACACAUGCACGCACACACACAUACAAACAGCAAGUCUGUAAAAUCAAUCUUCUCUGUGCCUUUCUUUGCUCGAGACAAAGAAUAAUGAUUCUUUGCCUCUUGCUACCAGGUGCAGCAAUCCUAAUACCAAAAAUUUUAAACAAAUUAUUUUCAAGCACCUGUGCAAAUGCAUCAGGAAGUGUAUAGGAUGGCAUAAAAAUUGCAUAAUUGUUAAAAGAAAUGCCACCCUCAGAUCACUGCACUUCUGGCCUGAAAAAUACUUUACUGAAUUUUGUGGCAAAAGAAGAAAAAACCUUUAAUCAGGGACCUACACCACUGAAUGCUUUGGCUUUCUUUAGCUGUAAGGUAGCUAACGUUAAUGUAGCAUCUGUAUUGUAUUUAUCCAUUUGAAAUAUGUUGUAUUUAUUUCAGCUAUAGGCAAGAUUGCUUCAUAGGAAGAUUUAAAAAAUUGUAUUGACAGUACUGCUAGAGCUUCAGUAAAGGAUAGUAUAGGGAGAGAAUAAUUGCAUGCCUGCAUGAACCUAUUGUAGGCUGCAUCUUUACAGAAGAAACAUGUCUGACCAAUGUUAUUUUAUUUGGUUCCUAUUGCUAUUUAUCAUUUAUAUAUUUAGCAAUUCCUUUGGUCCACUUAUUUCUUUGUGUCUUAAUUGUGGUUUAAAAAGAGGCCAAACCUGUUUUUGUGCACCUUGUUCCUGUUCUUGUUUGGUAUCCGCUUCAUGGUGGUGUUGUAUUGUUAGCGCUGACAGACUGGAAUAAGCCAUAUAAUCUGCCUAAACAGUGAACACAUUGCUAACAUAGUUUCUCCGCGCCAGCCCUCUGCUAACCCAGAUCAGUUUACCCAGGGACACAAAACAGCCAGACAUAGCGUGGUCUCAAUUUCCUCCAGGUCUUAACCACGUUUUGGAUUAUUCAAUGUAGCCUUAGCCAUUUUGGAGAGCAGCUCAGAAGUAUGAUUACUUAUUUGGAAUACGUUAAAUGAUUGUUGUGUUUUAUAUUGUUAUUUUUAAGCUAUUGUUGUAGUAUUUGUGCUAUUUAUUCAUUCAGGUGUGCUCUGUCUUGUAUUUAAAGAAACAAUCACACGGGUAAUUUUUUGAAAGGUGAGCCAUUAAAGAUGAUUAGGAAAGAGAGCUUACUUUAAGAUGUCUAUUAAGAGUUUAAAGGCCUUUAAUAGCAGGUAUUCUAGAACAUUCUCCACAGGCCUCUGUGCUCUGAAUUCUUCAUAUAGUCCCCUAUUAUUAGAAUGAUUGUCCUCAGGGGGCCGAGAACUGCUGGUUUUAAACCCUCCUUUACCUGGGACUCAGGUGUGGUGGCAGUCUGGCCAAUCAGUAGCACUAAUUCUUCAAUUAAUUACCUGGCAGAAAAGAAAACCAGGGCUGGAUUUGGAUUUGAGGGCCAGAUUUGAGUAUCCAUGGUAUAUUCCAGGGCUGCUCAACCCAGUUCCUAGAGAUCUACUGUCAUAUAGGUUUUCACUCCAACACUAACAAAGCACACCUCAUUAAACAGCUCGAGAUCUCAUUGAGCUGCUAAUUAGUAGAAUCAGGUGUGCCAAGUUAGGGUUGAAAUGAAAAUGCACAAGACAGUAUAUCUCCUGGAACAGGAUUGGGCAGCCCCAGUAUAGUCAAUUGAAAUCAAUGCCAAUCUAGCAGUUGUACCCUCAGGGUAGACUUAAGUGCAAAUAUGGAAUUAGGGUACGGCAGUGGUCUCAAGUGAGAUAUAUAAACUGCAUGCUGAGAUAAAUUUACUGGAUAGGCACUCAAUAAAAUGUUCAGUGUUAAAUCAACAGAGUACAUUUUACUGUGACAGAGCACAUGCAGUCCCCAUUGACUUUGAGAGGGUUGAAGUGAAGCAAAACCUUUGCUUCACAUCUUAAGGCCCAGUUUGUCUGUUUGAAUAAUUACCAAAUGUGCUAAUUUAAAUAAUGAUCAUCUGAUUCAUUAUAAAUUGUUUUAAUAUGCCUGUGUGCACUGCACAUGGAAAUUAUUUUAUUGAUGACAGGUAAAUAUGAUUAAAAUUUGAAAUUAAUCUUUGAUCCUGUUUGUUCCUCACCCACCUACUCUGGAUUACGGGUACAGUUUAUUCAACAGUUAAUCUCGCUGAUAUUUCUGAGAUGGGUUUAUUAAAUAAAUUAUUUAUUUUAUUGUAUUUUUAUUGUAUGCAUGACAUAUACCUUUUUAUGGUGACCCAGUAAAAUUAUAGAAAAAUAUUCCUGGGUUUUGUAGAAAACCUUUAAAUAAAUACACUAUCGUAGGCCUUUGGGAACACUUUGUUCUGUUGCGUGCACCAUGAACUGUGUGGGGGGGAAAUAUGAAUGAGAGGUGUGAAUUGUUACUUUAAAAGUAUAAUGACAAAUGCAUAAAUAAAUGAUUUACUCUA